CCCCGCCCCUGCGAGCAGGAGGAGGAGGAACCGAGAGUGCCCGACCCGGUGGCUUUUAGGGGGGGGGAGGCCACUCAGUCGUUAGCGCCCGGGCCCUGCGCUCCUCUUCCAGCUGCUGCUUCUGCUCGUUUCCAGCGCUACGGCCGCCAGGCUGGCUGCUGCCCGGCCUCGCCUCCUCCUCUGCCCGCUACCUACCUCGGAACCGCCGGAGGCUGCGGGGCUCCGUUCCUGAAGGCGGAGGAAGCCGGGUUUGCAAAAGAAAAAGGGAAUUGCAUCCUGUCUGGGUGGUGGGGGGACACGGGGAGGGAGGAAAAAAAAAAAAGAGAGGGGCUGACGCUGGCAGUGGGUCUCGCCGCCCCGCACCCGCACGCCCCGGCGGCCCCGCGUGGGUGCCGGCGCCCCGUCUGCAGAGGGCUGCGCGGCGCGCAGGGCCGGGCGGAAGAUGCACACGACGCAGAAGGACACCACCUACACCAAGAUCUUCGUCGGGGGCUUGCCCUACCACACCACCGACUCCAGCCUGCGCAAGUACUUCGAGGUGUUCGGGGACAUCGAGGAGGCGGUGGUCAUCACCGACCGGCAGACGGGCAAGUCCCGGGGAUACGGCUUUGUCACCAUGGCUGACAGAGCAGCUGCCGAGAGGGCUUGCAAAGACCCCAACCCUAUCAUCGAUGGCAGGAAGGCCAACGUGAACCUGGCAUACCUGGGCGCCAAACCGAGGAUAAUGCAACCAGGUUUUGCCUUCGGUGUUCAGCAGCUUCAUCCAGCUCUCAUACAGAGGCCUUUUGGGAUACCUGCUCACUAUGUCUAUCCGCAGGCUUUUGUGCAGCCUGGAGUGGUAAUUCCCCAUGUUCAGCCCGCAGCAGCUGCUGCUUCCACUACGCCCUACAUUGACUACACCGGAGCCGCCUACGCCCAGUACUCGGCCGCCGCGGCCGCCUACGAGCAGUACCCAUACGCCGCGUCGCCAGCCGCCGCUGCCGGCUACGUGGCGGCGGGGGGCUACGGCUACGCGGUGCAGCAGCCCAUCACUGCGGCAGCGCCGGGGACAGCGGCCGCCACGGCCGCGGCCUUUGGCCAGUACCAGCCCCAACAGCUGCAGACGGACCGUAUGCAAUAGCAGAUCGACUCCCGAAGGAAGCUCUUUCUUUCUCUUCCUCUUUUCAGCCUUCCAGUAUAAGUAGUUAAUAAGAGACAAUUAAUAUUAACUAAGGAGCUUUAAGGAAAGCAAUGCUAUUGCAGAACUAAAGAUUUUUAUUCCACUGUCUUCAUACAGUCUGCAUCCAAACCAUGUUGUUAAAGGGGAGGGGUAGCGUGGGAUGUUUAGUUUCAAGUAUCAAUCUGGAAGAAAAUGGGAAAAAAAAUACUGUACUGUCAUGAAAGAGUGGCAGGAGUAGUAAUGAGACUUCGUAUUUAAAACAGAAACAAGAAAAACCAAACAAGCAAAGGUGUAUUUUUUACAGUAUCAGGGAAACAAAACUGCCUUUAUAAUUAUGAAAAUGGUAUCUGAAAAUUUUGAACCGGGGAAAAAAAAUGAGUCAGCAAUAUGUAAUCUUUCUCCAUUUUAAGACUAAAUGAGCUUAAAGCACUGAUGUCCUUUUUAGCCUUCAGUACGGCCUGCAGAAGUUGGCUUAGUGAGGCGAUACCUUCUCGCUGUCACAUUGACGGGCAUGGAGCAAGCUGAGGAGGAAGGCCCGCUAGUAAGAUGGCGGACAGGCACCAAAGUUAUUUUCUCCUCUGUCCUCUGGCCGAGUGGAGCUGUGGAGCAAGUGAUGUGGAAGGAACGGGUGCAGCAGCUGUAGUGACAAUCAAUAACAGAGACCGUUCUGGAAAGAACACAUCACUUGCGCUCAUGUGAUGAGCUUGUCACAUCCUAAUCCCUCGCCCCAUCCUGUUUCACUUUUGGGAAACUUUAACUGCUGGUGUCAGCUCUUCUGAUUCUAAAAUAGGAUCAGCCCUUUACUACAACAGCCUUCUCUUUCUAUUUAUUGCUACUCAUAACUUGUCAAUAAAGGCAGGAAGAAGCUUGAUGAAUUUAAACCUUUAAGAACUGUUUUAAGGGAAUUUCAUUUUUUUCUCUUUUUUUGAAACCAUUUGUACAAUUUUAAUAUCUAUUUCAGGACUCUAUUUAAAAUAUUUAUUAGCAAACAUACAGUACACAAGGCAACUUUUGUUACCAAGACUGCAGUUCUUCAAAGGUUAAUGGUAUGUGAUUUAUACUGUGCCUUAAUUGUAAUGCUAUUUAAAAAAAAAUAUUUAUUUUGAAAGUUUUACUAUGCUGCGCUCUAAAGAAAGUAACUUUAGAUGUGACACUGUAAAAUUAUGUAUUCAUCUCAUGGCAUAAAUUAUUUAGUAGGUUUAGAUGUAGCAUAUUAAAUAUUAACCUAAUUAACUAAGGAUGUUGACUUGGAUUUAUUUAAAUUCAGUAUGUGCACUGUAUGAGGGUACUCUUAAAUUAACACCUUUUUAGGGUUUUACAUAAAAUAUUGCUACUUCAUUCUUUUCCCUCUCAUAGUUUUUCAUGUAGACCUCUCAAAUACAUUAGUGCAUUUUUCUCACUCAUCUGUACAUAGACUAUUUUUCCCUUUGCUAGAAAAUGCUGCUUUAUGUUGUCCUGUGAAACUACAGUACUUGCAAUUUUUAUUCUUGACUGAAAUGGAAUUUAAUAUUUUACACUGUAUUGGAUUUUUUUAUACUUGAACAAUUUCAUACAAGGGAAGACAGGAUAGCAUUUUUAUGGACUUUAUCCAAUGUCACUGGAUUUAUUUUAAGUAUUCUAAAUACUAGCCAGUGUUAUAAGGUAGACACGACUCUCCUGUGCAUAUUAUUUAUUCAGUAUGUAUACUGCUUUACAACAUUUCAGAUCUCUUAAUCUAUUCACUUGUAUUAAAUAUAAUAAAAAAUGUUGUCGCA